AUGGUUGGAGUACCUCGCAGCAGUGGCUGUCGCGUCUGUGUGAAGCGUCGGGUCAAAUGCGAUGAACGGGUUCCAGGAUGUGCCAAGUGUGAGACAUAUGGGCAGCCAUGUCCUGGUUAUGACAAAGGCUUCAAGUUCAUUGCUGGGAAGCCUUACAGAACACCUCGGCGCCCCCCUGGAAUAGACAAUGCAAGACCCAAUAUCCCAAGCCCAGGCUCAUCCAGCUCAAGCCCCAUAACAGAAACCCAAUUGUUGAUUCAAAGAGAAAUCCCACAUUCUCCUGUCUCCGUUGAUGUGAAUGUCUUACAGAGUCUGAGCGCUCUCAUUGAGGAUUUCUCAUUCCCCCGUGUUUUGAACGCCCCCAGCUAUGUGGUGGCCUCUUGGUUUGAAUUUCUACCCUCCAUUUAUGGUCAGAGCCGGGCAUUGGAUGCGACAAUCAAAUCAUUUGCAGCGCAUCAUUUUGGCCGGGGCUUGCAGAACCAGGAUAUGGUCAUUUAUGCUCGAUCUGCAUACGGAGAAGCAUUGCACUGGCUUCGUAAGGCUUUGAUGAACCCCUCGGAAUCACUGUCUUCCAAUAUAUUUUGCGCAGUUGUGUUGCUGUGCAUGUACGAGCUCUUUACGGAUACGGAAGACCCGGAGUCCUGGAUGAAACACGCAAAAGGACUUGGUCAAUUAGUGCAAGCCCGAGGACCCGAACGCUACAACAAUCAGCUUGAUAUCUCAUUGUUGAAGUCUGCAAGGGGACUGAUAGUUAUGCACUCAAUGUUCGCUGGCGAAGAUUGCUUCUUGGCCUCCGAGGAAUGGCAUCGGAUGAUGCAACAGCAACACCUGGCUACGUUGCCGUUGGAUUAUCACAAUUGCAUCGAAAAAUUCUUUGCUUACUUCACCCACUCUCCACGAAUUGUGCACAACCUUUACCGCCUCAGAGAGAAGGACUACACAAAUCCGGUGGUAAUGAUGGAGAUAUCGCAAGCUUUGGCUCAAGUUUUGGACAUGCAAAAUAAAAUGGCUUCUUGGUAUAAUGAAUGGUCCCAGGUUUCUUCCCCUCCAAUUGAAGCUCUUUCUACGACGGGCGAUGAGUUGUUUCCAAUUAUAUUGACGUAUGCGGAUUUGGUUGAUGCAUCGGUCUAUUGUGGCUACUAUGCUUACAUGAUCAUUAUUCACGAAGCGUUGAAGACAUUCGGAUACCCAGGUCCUCAAGAAACCAUGGUUUCUUACUUUCGCGAUCAAAUUUGCAGGUCGAUUGAAUACACGGCCUUUGGAGCGCUGGGCCCUUAUCGAAUUGGUUUUCCUGUACGAGUCGCAAUUGAGACUGCAGACGAUGUAACGAGGUCGUGGCUUCUGGCGCGCUUGAAAGAAUUUUCAAAGACCUACGCCGCAGCUAAGCCCGAGAAUUAUAAGCCAAUAAUGUAA